UUCAGUUGAUGUGUUGCUCGUGUAAUGAUCUGACUUCGUCCACGAUGGGAUACAAAUCUCAUCAUAAGAUCUCAUCAUAUUGGAUAAUUCUAUCAGUGAUAUGCUUUCUUCAUGCAACAUGGGCAACAAAUGCGGAGGAAAAUAUAACACCACAACCUGCUGAUGCGACACUUGACUUGGAAAAUGCUGAAACGAAGGAUCCUACCAAAAAGCUGGAAAUCAUUAAGCAAAUCCGGAAGGUAAAUAACGAUGGUUCCUAUACGGUGGGAUAUGAGGCGGAUGAUGGCACGUUCAAAAUUGAGAGUCGUGAUGUGCUGGGGAAUGUAAAAGGAACAUAUGGAUAUGUGGAUUCAAAUGGGGAGAUCAAAAGAGUGUCAUAUACGGGAAAUAAUGGGACGACAGGACUGCGGAACUAUCCGGGCAAUUUAUCGCAGGAAGACCCACCGUCUUCAGUGACGCACAGUCAAAGGAAUAAAACUUAUGCUGCCGCAUCCACCACAAGACGCCCAGCAGCUCUGGCAUUUUUAUCAACCACCACACAGUCACCUUCUGGAUUUUCUAAAUCUAGCAGUGUUAUACAGACGAUACCGAGACGUCGCAUUUCCAUCCCUUCAUCCACAGAACGCUCCCAGUAUAGUCACUAUGCCACGUCGAAAGUCACGGAAGCCACCACCGCAAAUCCCGUCACUGAGCACACGACCACGGUUAUCUAUGCUGAAUCUGUGCCACCAUCAAAAUCCAUCGUCAUUGUGCGUCCCACGCCACAUCCAACAUCAUCACAGCGUCCACCGGAGCAAAUUACACGCCCGGAUAAGCUUGAAAUUAAUCAAGUGUCCAAAGUGAUGAUAACAAAGAGUCGGGAAACUUCAACAUCGAAACCAGUAACUGAGGAGGAUGUGGAGAAAGAGUUGGAUAGAAAGUCCGUGCGGGGGAACAAUCUAAGGCGGCAAUUAGCUGAAAAAGAGGAUCACUAUGAGGCUCAACCGCAAAUUCUCUAUACCCAAGCUGCAGGUGAGGAUUCAUCACACGUAUACGGAAGUGGAACGGGAAAUGUACGACCCCUUUUUACAACCACAAGCAGCCCACGGAUUCCAGCCCUUGUCCUAGCAGCACGUCAACGAGCUGCAAAAUUGCAAAAUGUUAUCAAUACCGGGUCUGCACCAACAACCACCACGGAGAAAGUGUACGCAAGGCCACCGAAUCGUCCUGAAGGUAUAACCACUGUCAAUACGUAUGAACAAACCACAGAAUCAUCAACAGAUAUAAAUUACUUGACACAAAGUCCCAUACCUGUAGUUCAAAUUCCAGCAAGUCAAGCCAGUGAGGAUGAACGUCGUGUGUUUAGGCAACGACAAGCUACAACAAACAAUUACCGACCACCCCCACCGCGGGACCUGUACAGGAUACCACAGGCAGGAAGACCUCCAACUCCUGAGCAGUAUAUCCGGGAGACGACACAAGUACCUGGUCGGGAUGAGGACGACGUGGAUAGUUUUCGGCAAUUGCGCCGCCCACCAUCGGUGGGGGCAUCACAAUACACAGACGGGCAGAAUGAUGUUGGAUAUGAGCAACAAACUUAUCCUAUACCCUUUGCACAAAAUCCCUUUGGACGCCCAUUCCCCGGUGGUCAAUAUAACGAUUUUCCUGAAAGGCCCGUAACAGCGAGGGACUUUGAGCGAUUACUCCACUUGCUUGUCCUACGUUACCAACAAUUUCAGCAGCCGUUCGGAAGAUUUGGGGGUGGUGGGUUUUAUCCACCCUACAUGCCAUACUACAGUGGCCAGGGAUAUGCACCGUAUCUACCCAAUCCUUAUCAGGGAUAUCAGCAAGUUCCACGAUCACAUCUCUAUGACCCCGUGGGCUUUGAUCCUCGCUACUCUUUCAUCAAUCGCGCUCCUUUCCCUGGUGCUUAUCGACAAUACAGUGAACCCGACAAUGUCUAUCAGUCGCCACAGGACAUGUCCUUAGGGUACGAAGGGCAAAGACUGAUUCCACGGAAGAAGCAAUUUAGUCCUCGCUACUUUGGUGCUUCCACCCAGCAAUCAGGAUACCUUCCAUCAGACUCGUCGAAUUUGCAACAAUUAGGCCAAGCAAGUGGAUCGAGCACGACGGAUUAUUUGCCACCAGACGUUAGAGAGGAGCUUCUCUAUCGUAUGCUGAUGUUGGCAAUUCAGAAUCCUGAGCAACAGGCUGCAAAUGUACCAGCUGCCUCAGCACCCGCCGAAGUUAAAACACCAGCUUCCCCGCAACCCUUUCGUAAGCCCGUGAGGAGUGUGCAAAUUAUAGGGGAGGAAUAGCUCGAUACAAAUAACAAUUUUUAUUCAAAUUUAACCAAUCUUGAAAAGUAUUCAUCAUGAUCUCUAUUUUUGGAGACACAAAAUUCAUUUCAUUAAUAUAUUUUGUCACCCAUUUUCCCAUCUCUAGAAAGGAUUUAAUGGCCAGUUUUCCGGUACAAUUGUAUACCGCGUCAAAGAAUUUACAAAAAAAAAGAAUUUAAUAUUUAAAUCGUAACAUGAUAGUGCAAUUGUGCAGGAUCUACCUAUUAUACUUACAUACUUAAUGCUACAAAGAAGUUAAACCAAGAAUUUAUUUGUGAAAGUAAUGUUGUAUGACUGCUGGAAAAUAAACAUGGAGUGUAUUAAAUUAUUUCCAUUUCAACA